CGCAACUACAGCUUCCACUCUCUCACUCAUAUAACGAGUUUCUUCAUCAAGUUCGUGACCAUUAACAAUGGGAUCAAACGACAUCCCUCCACCACACGUCCCCAAACACGUCGUUCCAACAUGCAACGCUCUCCUCCAACUCGGUGGCUCCCUUUGGACACUCACCUACAUCUUAUACACACGGCAAUCCUUCCGCGAUAAAUCAUACGGCAUGCCUCUCUUCGCGCUGGCGCUGAACUUUGCCUGGGAACUUGUAUACGCACUCGUCGUCGCCGAGUCGCUGCUCGAGAAAACCGUCUUCACUGUCUGGCUUGUGAUUGAUUGCUUCAUGGUCUAUGGCACUGUGAAAUAUGCUCGGUAUGAAUGGUCGCACGCGCCACAGAUAGCAAGGAAUAUGGGGAAGAUAUUCAUCGUGCUGGCUGGGCUAGCGAUCUGGGGCCAAUGGGCAUUUGCGAAAUGGUGGAUUGACAAUGAUGUUGGAAGGAGAGAGGGAAAGUUUUACAGGGGCGUCGUAGGACCGGACACAACUGAGCUAGGGUUUUGGAGCGCGCUGUUUAAUCAGGUCUAUCUGAGCGCUGCGAGUUUGGCAGCAUUGGGCGUGAGGGGUCACUCAGGAGGUGUGAGUUGGGGAAUAUGGGCAACGAGAGCUUUCGGUAGCGUGUUUGGGCUGUAUGCUGUUUAUGCUUGGGAGUGGUAUUUCUGGAGAGAGGCCCAUGGGUAUGUCAUGAACCCAUUUGCUGUGUUCAUGUGGGGAGUCAGCAUUAUUUGCGACGUUGUCUACCCAUUUGCCCUCUGGCGGAUCAAGAAGACUGAGAGGGUGCUUGCUGAUGGUCGGAAAGUCCCAUUUACGUCUCCUGUGCUAUCUUCGGCAAAGGUAGAUUAAAUCGUGGACCGACACAGGCUUUGAUAGAUAGAAAUAGAAGCUGAUAUAAGUGGGAUGGUGCCUGCUCUCUUGAUACCCUAUUUUAUAUAAGAGGUCGUUGCGAACGCACUAUUAUGAUUUUGAUACAGAUAUGC